AUGUCGACCGUCGCCGCCUCCCGACGCUCGUCCUCGUCCUCGACCGCCAAGCGCCCCGCGAUUGCGGAGAGCGCCGGGGGACCCAAGUCGGCGGCGUCCUCCGCCGCGCAGGCCAAGAAGCGCGUGGCGCUCGGCAACAUCACCAACGUCGCCGCACGAGGGGGCAGGGCUGUCGUUGGCGGCAGCCUUGGGAAUGUCGCGCCACCCACCACCAGCGCGAAGCUGAAUUCAGCGGUACCCUUGAAGAAGCCAUCUUUGGCAAGUGCUCGAAGUGUGAGCUCCAUUCGGGGUUCAGCUGUGAAGUCAGCUUCCAUCAAGCCAGCUCCACUAGUGUCACGCCAUGGCAGCGCAACACAGAAGCAUAAUGUUCCUCCUCCUAAAGUGCCUACCACAGCCGAUGUGCCAAGUCGCGCUCCGGCCUUGGUAUCCUGCACCAGCUUGGUGUCUCCUGGACGCUCAGGAGAUUUUGUUUCGAUUGAUGAGACGAUGUCGACUUGCGACUCCAUGAAAAGCCCCGACUUUGAGUACAUAGACAAUCACGAUUCCUCGAUGCUGGCUUCAUUGCAGCGACGGACAAAUGAACAUCUGCGAAUGUCAGAGGAUAGAGAUGUCGAAGAAAAUAAGUGGAAGAAAAAUGCUAUUGCCCCAAUGGAAAUUGACCGCAUUUGUGAUGUUGACAAUGAAUAUGAGGACCCACAGUUGUGCGCUACUCUGGCUUCUGACAUUUACAUGCACCUGCGGGAGGCUGAGACGAAGAAAAGACCAUCAACUGAUUUCAUGGAAACAAUUCAAAAAGACAUCAACCCAAGCAUGAGGGCAAUUUUGAUAGACUGGCUUGUGGAAGUUGCUGAAGAAUAUCGUCUUGUUCCUGAUACUUUGUACCUUACAGUUAACUACAUUGACCGUUAUCUUUCUGGUAACGAAAUUAACCGCCAACGGCUGCAAUUACUUGGUGUUUCUUGCAUGCUUAUAGCUGCAAAAUAUGAGGAGAUAUGUGCACCCCAAGUAGAAGAAUUCUGCUACAUAACAGACAAUACAUACUUCAGAGAUGAGGUUCUAGAUAUGGAAGCUUCUGUACUGAAAUACUUGAAGUUUGAAAUGACAGCACCUACAGCAAAGUGCUUUUUGAGGAGAUUUGCUCGUGCUGCACAAGCAUGUGACGAGGAUCCUGCUUUGCAUCUCGAGUUCCUUGCCAAUUACAUUGCUGAGCUAUCACUACUGGAGUACAAUCUACUCUCUUACCCUCCAUCACUAAUAGCUGCAUCGGCUAUUUUCUUGGCGAGAUUUAUACUACAGCCAACAAAGUCUCCUUGGAAUUCCACACUUGCUCAUUACACACAGUACAAGCCGUCCGAGUUGAGCGACUGUGUAAAGGCAUUGCAUCGCCUUUGCAGCGUUGGUUCUGGGACCAACCUUCCAGCAAUCAUAGAAAAGUACAGUCAACAUAAGUACAAAUUUGUUGCAAAGAAGCAGUGUCCACCACAAAUCCCUACUGAAUUCUUUCGGGAUGCGACAUGCUAG